AUGAGUCUACAGUGUAGUUCCAGGUCCCUGUGCCGCAGCGGCGGUGGCGGCAGGAACUUCAGCUCAGGCUCUGCCGGCCUAGUCAGCUUCCAGCGCAGAUCCACCAGCUGCUCUAUGCGCCGCAGCGGUGGAGGUGGUGGCGGGAGAUUUUCAGGAGGAGGCUUCUGUGGGAGUUCUGGUGGUGGCUUUGGAAGUAAGAGUCUUAUGAACCUUGGAGGUGGUAGGAGCAUCUCCAAGAGUGUGGCCGGAGGUGGUGGCAGCUUCUGCGGUGGUGGCUUUGGGGGUGGCAGCUACGGUGGUGGUGGCUUUGGGGGUGGCAGCUACGGUGGUGGUGGCUUUGGAGGGAGUGGUUUUGGCAGUUUUGGUGGUGGUGGUUUUGGUAGUGGAGGUGGUUUUGGUGGUGGAGGAUAUGGGGGUGGUAGAUUUGGUAGUAUGGGACCUGUCUGUCCCCCUGGUGGCAUCCAGGAAGUGACCAUCAACCAGAGCCUUCUGCAACCCCUCAAUGUCGAGGUUGACCCUCAGAUUCAAAAAGUGAAGUCUCAGGAGAGAGAGCAGAUCAAGUCACUCAAUGAUAAAUUUGCCUCCUUCAUCGACAAGGUGCGCUUCCUAGAGCAACAAAACCAGGUGCUACAAACCAAGUGGGAGCUGCUGCAGCAGGUCGACACCACAACCCGGACCCAAAACUUAGAUCCUUAUUUUGAGAGCUAUAUCAGCAACCUCAGAAGGCAGGUGGACUCACUGAAGAGUGACCAGUCACGGAUGGAUUCUGAGCUGAAGAACAUGCAAGACAUGGUGGAAGAGUACAGGACCAAGUACGAGGAUGAAAUCAACAAGAGGACCAACGCAGAGAAUGAGUUCGUGACCAUCAAGAAGGAUGUGGAUUCGGCUUACAUGAACAAAGUUGAGCUUCAGGCCAAGGUGGAUGCUCUCCAGCAAGACAUUGACUUCCUCUCUGCACUCUACCAAAUGGAAAUGUCUCAGAUGCAAACUCAAGUCAGUGAAACCAAUGUGGUCCUGUCCAUGGACAACAACCGCAGCUUGGAUCUGGAUAGCAUCAUCGCGGAAGUCAAGGCCCAGUAUGAUAGCAUUUGCCAGAGGAGCAAGGCUGAAGCCGAGACCUUUUACCAGAGCAAGUACGAAGAGCUGCAGGUCACUGCUGGCAAACAUGGAGACAGUGUGAGAAAUACCAAGAUGGAGAUUUCUGAGCUGAAUCGAGUGAUCCAGAGACUUCGAUCUGAAAUUGAUGGUUGCAAGAAGCAGAUCUCCCACAUGCAGCAGAACAUCAGUGAUGCUGAGCAGCGUGGCGAGAAAGCACUCAAAGAUGCCCAGAACAAGCUGAAUGAGAUAGAGGAUGCCAUGUCACAGUGCAAGGAGGAUCUUGCCAGACUGCUGCGUGACUUCCAGGAGCUGAUGAACACCAAGUUGGCCCUGGACAUGGAGAUUGCCACAUACAAGAAACUUCUGGAAGGAGAGGAGAUCAGGAUGUCUGGAGAGUGCACCCCCAACGUGAGCGUGUCGGUGAGCACCAGCCACACCAGCAUGAGCGGAAGCAGUAGCCGAGGCGGCGGCGGCAGAUAUGGAGGCGGCGGCAGUGGUGGCAGCUACGGCGGCGGCUCCGGAGGCGGCAGCUACGGCGGCGGCUCCGGGGGCGGCAGCUACGGCGGCGGCUCCGGAGGCGGCAGCUAUGGCGGCGGCUCCGGGGGCGGCAGCUACGGCGGCGGCAGCAGUGGAAGCCACAGAGGUGGCUCUGGAGGGGGCGGUGGCAGCUCGGGAGGCAGCUAUGGUGGCUCCUCUGGGGGAGGCCGGGGAGGAUCCAGCUCCGGUGGCGGCGUUAAGUCCUCUGGUAGUUCUACCGUGAAGUUUGUUUCCACCAGUUACUCCCGAGGGACCAAAUAAAGAGGUGCCCACCACCCCAUUAGCUCUGCCUUUCCAUCAAGGCCAAAUAUGGCUGGCAAGACCAAGAUCAAUCGCACCAGCCUUAUUAGAGAAAAGAGCUAUGGUUAAUUGCACAGAUUAGGCUUAUUUUCUCUGCGCUUUCUUUUCUGCUCCGCUUGCAAAGAAGUUUUCAUAUUAGUAUCAGUCUGAGUCCCAUGGUAACAAUCCCACUUCAUGUUCUGCUGAACUGCCAUCACCAACAUGACAUUUCAAAGAGGACUUCAGAUCCAGGGCUCCCUUGCCUGGCAUGCCCAGAGCACUGGGGUGCCCCUUAGUAUCCCGUAUCCUGCAGCACGCUGAGCUGCUUUGGUUUUGUACAUAAGGUGUUUGCGAGUUUGUCUCUUAUGGAGCGCUUUGAAC